AUGUCCGGGAUAGGCGAGGCUCUUGCAAUUGUCAGUUGUGUCGCGGGGUUGAUCCAGGCAUAUGAUGCUGGCAGCCGCAUUGUCAAGCAGAUCAAGGCCCGUCGCCUGGCUCACGACGCCCUUCCGCCCUCCGAUCUCCUCGAGGAAUCCAUUGAAAAGGGCAAGAGAGAGAUAGAACAAGUCGUCGCUGACGGGAAGAACCGAUUUGGGUCGAGCUUCGAGGAAGGCGAUACGACUGCGCAACUCGCACUCUACAAAAUCACAAUCGCGACUCAAAAUGCCUUGCUCGCCGGUCUCACUCAGGCCCGAGACGACGACGGUGUGAUCGACUUCGACACCUGCAUUGAUACCUCCGAUAAGGGCCGGGUUGACGCCCUGAUUGCACUUCAUGCGCUCUUCCAGCGCAAGUUGGAGGAAGAAAUGGAGAGGAAGAAGAAUGCUCCUUCAAACCAGCAAGAACAUUCACCGCCACAACAUGAUGUUAUACAACCGUCGGUAGUCCCGGCCGCCUCAGGUCAAUCAGUGGCUGCCCCGAAGCCACAACAGACACCACCUCCCACACCACCACUGGGGAAGGUCAAGAAAUCUCGCACGUUCACCGACGUCGUCUUCCGACGGAAAGAGGGCAAUCAACAAGCUACAAUGCCGACAGCGAUGGAUACGAUCCCUCAGGUCGGGAGGUUUGAUCAGUCUCCAAGAUCGUCACAGCAGGACAUGCUUCCCCGAAGCCCUCGCCGAAAUACAGGCGCAUCCACAAGCUCUAGUGCCACCUGGUCGAGUGCGGGAAGUCGAAACUCGACUGUUGGCUAUGAGAUUACCAGUCCUGGGUUGCCUGCCCCGAUCAGCCGCUCCGACACUGGCUUAUCGUCCAUCACGGCGGUCUCGCGGCAUAAUACUGCGCUCUCCAUGGCGUCAAGUAUGUCCACGGCAUCGACGAUUUCACCCAUCACCAAAUAUGGCGGUUUCUGUAAGAACGCAUAUGAGCUCCGAGAAGGGUUGGUGAAGAAAGGACUCACGUUGGCUCCUGUUGGGGUCUAUGGUAACGUGUACAGGUGUACAAGCAGUAAGUGCCAGUUUUCGGGGCAAGCUGCGAAGGACAAAAAAGGCUAUCGGAUCAACGAUAAGGUCUUCACGGCUUCUUCUGGACUCCAGUACCGAUGGAUGUUCCUCGCAAAAUCACACAUGCGGCAACAAGUCCCCCUGCACCCGUCAUUCCGCUGUCUGGUGUGCUUGAUGCUGGGAGAUGAUUCUGGUGUCUACGACGGCCAUAGUGCGUUGCUUGCCCACGUCAUCAGCCAUCAGGGAGCAUACAUGGCCGAUACCAGGCUUGAAGGGCCAGUGACCUUCACUAACGGAGGUGUCAAAAUGGACAUGGAUGAAUUCGACCUCCGGUUUCCUGCAGCUGAGAAAUGCCAUACUCCCGACCCGAAAGCGGACGAAGGAGCGGCAGUCAUGGUAGCAGGCCGGCUGCCUACAGAACCUCACCUCGGUAACAUGGGCCCCUCUCAAGUGGAGGAUGUGAUUUCUUAUAAAGUGCCGACUGCGUUCGCCUACGAAGCAGAUGAUAAUCCAUGGGCGUGA